AUGACAUCACAACGUCAUUUAGAAACUUUUAGCAACAAAUCAAUCUGCGUCUAACAAUUUAUCCUGAAAAUGAGUUGGCAACACUGACUAUAUAUAUAUAUGUAAAGUGUGCUUUGGACUUGCCUCGCCUAGUCACAAAUUGAAGGCCACCAUUUGUGUCACUUAUGGGAAAAUGUGUGAUCAAUGAUGACUUCAGAAAUUAGAGAGACUUCGCCACCAAUUGCUGCUGGUGUAUGGAUAGCUGUCAUAUCAAGUUUCAUCAAUGGAUCGACGUUUGUGCUUCAAAAAAAGGGAAUAUUACGAUCCCGUAAAAGAGGUGGGUCCUAUCUAAAAGAUGGCGUAUGGUGGAGCGGUACACUCUCCAUGAUUGUGGGACAGAUUGGGAACUUCCUGGCCUAUAACGCAGCCCCUGCUGUGGUGGUCACACCUUUAGGUGCCCUGGGGGUGCUGUUUGGGGCUGUUCUGGCCUCCUAUAUCCUCCAGGAACAGCUGAAUGUCCUGGGGAAGCUGGGCUGUGUGUUGUGUUGCUGUGGUUCUGUCGUGCUCAUCAUUCACUCCCCUAAAUCAGAGAGCGUCACCUCUAGUCUGGAGCUGGAAGACAGGCUUGCUGAUCCAGUGUUCGUCACCUAUUCCUUGUUGGUGGUCCUACUACUGUUUGUGCUGAUCGUGUGGGUGGCCCCAGCGCACGGCACGUCCGACAUCAUGGUGUACGUAUCCAUCUGCUCCCUCCUGGGGAGUUUCACAGUCACCAGCAGUAAGGGUCUGGGCCUGGCCGCCCAGGAUGCCUUCAGCGGGGGGCCUUCCAGCAGCCGAGCCCUAGGUCUCUUCCUGGGUCUACUGGGAACCCUGUCCGUCAGCAUCCUCGUCCAGUUCACCUUCAUCAACAAGGCUCUGGAGCACUACAGCUCUAACAUGUUUGAAGCCAUUUACUACGUGACUUUCACAUCUACGGUCCUCACAGCUUCGGCCAUCUUGUUCAGAGAGUGGACCGCGGUGGGUUUAGUAGACUGCCUGGGCAUGUUGUGUGGGCUGACCACGGUGGCUGUAGGGGUCCUGCUGCUUCGCUUCUCCUCAGAGGCCUCACUCACCUGGAAGCAAGCUGCUAAAGGACCAGAUAAAAUUGAUUAAUCAGAGGCUUGUCAGUCUCAGGGAGAUUAAUGCUGUGUUUAUUGGUUAAUUUGGGGCCACAUUUUU